AUGCUCGAUCUGAAAUCCGUACCACCUCAGAUUCGUGGGAUGAUGCCUUUGAGUGUUCUGAAGAUUCCUGUAUUAAGAUGGGCUCCUGAACAACGGUGCUUUGACAUGCAGCCUGGCGAACUGUACAAUCGUCCACCAACAACAAAAGGCAUCAUCCAACGAAUCUGGGGUUUCAAGUGGGGUGCGCCUAUCCGGUGUCGUAGAUUACGGUUGAAUAGAAAUUGGAAGUGGAAAUUCUCCAUGAGGUUUCUAUUGUGCAUUUUAUUUUCUGCGUUUCUAAUAACUACAGUGCAAUCUUUGAUCGCCCAAGUUGUCUACGAUCCGAUAACAUGCGGUCUACCUGGACGUGGCUUCAAGGGUAAAUUGAGAACAGAAAAAAGAAAAGUCGUUGGAAAUGAUGUAAACAAGAUUGUGAAGAGAGACAUUGAUAAAGACUAUUCUGCGGACUAUAGUCCUACUGCUGGCGAUGAGACCGAAGAGGACGAGAACGAUCCGAUGCGAACAAAGGUGAUGGGAGGUGAGAGAGCUGCGAAGGAUGAACUGCCGUGGGCUGCGAUUAUUCUGUUUAGGGCGAACAUAUCAUGUGGUGCGACGCUUAUAUCAAGGCGGCACGUAAUCACAGCUGCUCAUUGUUUCGUGAAGAACCCGAAUGGCACUGUAAGCCUUAAAAACAUGCGUUCUGAGGAAGACGUUCUGGCUGACAUCAUUGUUGGGGUCGGUGGUACUUGUCUGAAACCCGACAAAAAAUACAAAUGUGGUGAAGAAGAUAAUAUUCUCGGGAUCCGCGCUAAAAGAAUAUCUUAUAGAAGUUAUUUCGAGUAUGGAAGUGACUUUACACAUGACUUCGCUAUUCUUGAGCUAACUCGUGACGUUCCUGAACAUAUCCAUCAUAUUUGUCUUCCUCACAUGAACAAGAAGAUCGAUAUAGGUGAUCCAUCGUUAAGAAUGAGCUCAUUUGGAUGGGGCCAGGACGCAAUAACAAAUCUCAGUUCGGUACCAUUCCUCAAGAAAGUGAUGUUAGGUGUGAAAAUGACUGAAAAGGAAUGCAAAAAAAUCUUCCCCGAAAAGUUGGAUGACACUUUCUGCACAGUUGAACGUAAAGACAGUGGCCCUUGCGAAGGCGAUAGUGGUACUGGAAUUACAGCAAAAAUAGGCAUCAAAACAUAUCUUCUUGGAGUACUGACUUAUGGAACUGAUUGCAAAAAAUUGGUAAGCGGCGGAGAAAAACCAGAAGCUCAGCUCAGCACGGACGUUACUAAGUAUGCUGCUCUAAUCGAUAGAGCUCUGUCUUCAAAGUGUCUGUGCGGUGUGUCGCUGUCGACAAGCCGAAUUCUCUUGAAUAUUUUUCUUGCAAUAAAUAAUUUCGCUCGAUGA